AUGCUGGUGGGGAAGGCGCUCUUCGGCCGGCAGCGUUUUGCUUUCGAGGUUCAAGAAGUCAACCGCACUCCGGCGGCUGUGCGAAAGCUGCUGGACAAAGCGAAUGCCAUGGAGGACGAGAGGUUUGGACCCUGCGACUUUUUUGGUGAGCGGGACGAGGAAAAGCCGAAGCAGGAGCUGAGCAUCUUUGAUGUGGUGAGGGCGGGUGAGCUGGCAGCCAAGCACUCCAUCCAGGUGAAGUUCCAGGAUAUUGACCGCAUCGAUGUUGUGGGCGAUGAAGUCACCCUGAUCUUGAGCAAGGCGCCAACGUGUUACGUGAAGCCCGAAGGCGAGAUGGCGAUUGUGAACAUGGAGGUCGCCAAGGACAUCACAGGAGGUGCCAAAAGCCUCAGGUUUACCACGGGCACCUCCGGCCAGGAGUCUUUCCUCCGCAUGAAGGGAAAGAAUACGGAGACCCUAAGUUUUUUGGAGGUGCGGAGGCUGGUCUCCCAGUGCUCCCCUCGCAUGGACGCUCUCUUCCGAGGGCUUCCGCCUCCCAGGCCCGUGGCGGCACCUUCACGCAAGCGCAAGACCUCCGAUGCCGCAGCCGCAGAGAAGAAGACGCGUGUGGCACCCGCUCAGCUGCAAGAAGAGAUUGCAGCGGCUGAAGGGACCUGGCUGAAGCGAGCGGUGGACCGUUUCCAGCUCAAAGGCAUCGUCGCUACUGCCACCGAGGCACAUUGGAAGACAUACUUUGCGGAGCGCGUGGUCCUAGAAAUGAGAAGACAGGCAUCCGUCACUGCAGAUGAAGACUCCUCCGACGAGGCCCAGGACGAGGAUGCUGUUUCAUGGCCCGAGUGCCUCGGUGCGCAGCCCGAAAUCCACGGCUUUGACUUCGAGUCCUAUCGUGAUGGAGAGGAGAAGGAAUUUGCCCAAGAAGUCCUGGCAGGGAUCCAAUCUUCAGUGGAAGCCACGAUCAAGUCCAGCGCACUGAAGAUAGAUGCGUCAGCCUUUGCCGAGGGUGUCUUCUUACUCUCCUACCACCUCAACAUGGACGAUGACGAUCCGAGGACUGUAGACGCCCAUGCCCGCAUCUAUGCACCCAACGCAUCUGGCAACUUCUUGGAUCUGCGGUACCACAACCACCACCGAGUUCGCAUGAGCUUUACAGAGCGCAGUUCCCACCUCUACGUUGUUCGCGGUGGACCCGAUGUAGCGCCCGCAGCUCGCAAGCAGGGCCGGCAGGAAGGCGAGAAGAUCUUCGACUUGGACUUCAACGAGUAUCGGCGGAAGAACCAAGUCAAGACGUCUCUUGCCACGAACGCCACGCUCGCAAGUUUAGGCGCCCACCUCUUUGGUGCUGAGGGCGUGCUGAGUAAUCGGAAAGUCUUUGGCCUCCUGGUGCGAUCCGUCGGCCUCGGACAAUUCGGGGAGAGGAAUGGCUGGCCCAUCGCUAUAGCCAGGCGGCGCUUCAAGUGCGGCAAAAGCGAAACUGAGACUGACACCGAAAGCAUUCCAGGUGACAAGGACGAGGAAGCCAACGUAGGUGACUGCUGCGUCAUGUAA